AUGGCCCGCCUACGCCGGCCGGAGUCGUUCGAGGAUGUGCGAGCAGAGGGCCUGUUCCGAACCACCACGGUGCCACAGAUCCUGGCAGAGCGCGGGGCCAUCUUCAUACAAGGUAUACCAGGUCUGCUUGGAUCCGGUGGCUUCCGCCCGGAAAAGAUUCCGACCAAGCAGGAGGUGCUGGAAGCCGGAUCGCGAAUCUUCGCUGCGACUUCCAGUGCUGAGUAUGUAGAUGUCUUCCUGAGCCAUCGCUGGGGCUCCACACGCUGGGCGAAGUACCUGGCAUUGUGCCUAUACCUAAAUUUGACGGCAGCUGCGGUAUGCUCUGUGGCCUCGUGGGUGCUGGCCACUGGAACCAUGAUCAUCUGGGCACAUGGUGUAGCCAACCUUGGAGGGAAUUUGCUCUUGCUGCCCAUUGUAGUUUACCUUCCCGUUGCAGUGUUUCUGCUUGUCUUUUUCUUUGGCCAGCACGUCGUGCAUCGCUUUCGGCCGAUGUCGAUUUGGCUGGACCGGGCAUGCAUUCACCAGACAGACCACGAGUUCAAGCGGCGUCAGAUCCAAGCCCUGCCGGUCUUCGUCGCACGGUCUUCCUCGAUGCUCGUGUUGUGGGACGACGAAUACUUCCAAAGGCUCUGGUGCCAACUGGAAUUAGCCACCUUUGCAAGGCACGGUGGUGCACAACAGGUGCAGUUCUUACCACUGGAGUUGUCACCCUGGCUGAUCUCCGACCUCUUGUUGAACCUCUUGGUCACUACAGGUUUCAACCUUCUGGUCAACUUGGUCCCUCCGUCUAUCUUCACCUCCUCUAAGAGCUUGUCGGAUUCCGCCUUCGGUCCGCUGGUCACAGUGGCAGUCAUCAUAGUGCUCGUGGGCACACUUUUGGGCAUCGCAGCGGCCAUCCCAUGGACCAUUGCCUGCAGAGCCAAGUUGCGAAGCCACACGUUGAUGUUGGAACAGAUGGCUUGCUUCGACUGCCGGGCUGCAGAGUGUGCCGUGGAGUCUGACAGGCUCCUCGUGGAGCAACAAGUCCAACACUUCUUCAGAACAGACAGGUACGAAAAAGAGGUUGUGCUUCAGCUGUCGUCAUCCACUCGAACUGACGAAUACCCUCAGACAGCGAACCUCUCCGAGGUACGGCCGUGGCGGUCAUCCUCUGAAAGCGAGGACACCGAGAUGUCAUCGACGGUGUUCGACAGCGCAGCCUAUUUUCAGACUGACGAAAGAGCACUGGACGCAUUUAAUAGCUAUAUUCGAGGACCGCUUCGCUCUGCAGUCAUGGAGAGUGUGGGAGACCCGCUACAUGUGCCUUACAGUAUGUGUUUGGUGGCCUCUCUGCCCAUGAUCUUUUACUCCGCGACUGAUAUUCUCCAAUGCGAUGCUGAGUGCGUAUCCGACAACGGGUUAGAAUCCUUUUGGAACUACGUCCCGCGGCCAUGCUUAGCUGGCUGA